AUGCCAAUGCCGAGCCUAGCUCACGAUAAGGCUCGCCUCGAUCAUGUAGGCUCACGUCCGGCAUGGCAGUCGACCGAGUACACGCGUCACCAAUGCGACAGAAAAGCAGCAGACCAGCAUCGCGUGAAAACGAUCUACAGAUGGAAAAACCAUCUCACCGCCACCGGUCUACAUAUGACGACCUCAGGGAAGGAGUCUUUUAGCGGCUCGUUGUUGGAAACUGGUAUUGUUAAAGAACGAGGAGUUGAUAUGGCCUUAGACAACGAUAAAAGAACCGACUCUGUUCGAAUUGCUCUGCUUCUUUAUGCUUUAAAUCAUCUCAUCGGCGUGGUAAUUGCUGGGCCAAUGCAAAGCGUCAAGAAUAACUGGCGGCCACUUGAAACUGACUUUGGGGCCUGGCAGAGGCUUGCGAAGGGAAAAGUGGAUGAUGGGUGGACAGAUGAGCCAGCGUCCCAGAAUUUGAGCCGCCAAAUGUCCAAGAUGUCAGACCAGGUUCGUGAAAAUUGUAUGGCUGACGUCAAGGUUGGAGCUGAGUACAUUGGCGAAGCUGGGCUAGAAAUACUCAAAGCAUUACUAUCACAGAACAGAUCGAAAAUCGUAAGAGAGCCUGUGGUCUUCGAACGUUUGUGA